AUGGAUAUUGGUGGCCUGACAACUGUGGUGGCCAACUCGGCCUACAUUUCCGCCCGCGGGAGUUUUGACAGCACCGCUGACCCCACAGCCAACCGAGACAAGAAAUGCCAUUCCCGCCUCAAGUUGCCCCACAUCACAGUGUGUGAAGGCCUCAAGGAGACUUUAGAUUUAGGCUUCCAGAGGGAGUUCCUACACUCCCAUAAUGAGUACAAGGGUCCUUUGCUGAAGUAUAUUGAGGAGUACAACAUGGCAGAGGAUGAGGACAGAGUGAAGAAAGCAAACAAGAUUUUGUUGCGGUACAUGGAGCCUGGUGUCAAGUAUUUCUGUGCCUUCCUGCCAGAAAAUGGCAUCACAAAGGUCAAAGACAAACACCAGGAAGCUGGGGAUGACCUCUUCAGUGAGACUUUUGAUAGUGUUAUGGACUUUCUCAAGGAGGUACCAUACACUUUCUUCCUGGAGAGCAUGUAUCUGAAGAGGUUUCUUCAAUGGAAGUGGCUGGCGGUGCAGCCAAUAGGAGAAGACUGGUUUUUACAUUUCCGUGUGCUGGGUAAAGGGGGUUUCGGGGAGGUGUCUGCCUGUCAGAUGAAGGGCACAGGAAAAUUGUACGCCUGUAAAAAGCUCAACAAGAAGAGGCUGAGGAAGAGAAAAGGCUAUGAGGUGGCGAUGGUGGAGAAGAGGAUCCUGGCACGAGUUCACAGCAGGUUCAUUGUCUCCUUGGCCUAUGCCUUCCAGUCCAAAACAGAGCUGUGUCUGGUUAUGACCAUCAUGAAUGGAGGAGACUUGAGGUAUCACAUAUAUAAUGUGGACGAGAACAAUCCAGGGUUUAAUGAGCCACGGGCCUGCUAGCAGAUCAUCCAGGGCAUCGAGCAUCUCCACCAGAAGAGGAUCAUCGACAGAGACCUCAAACCAGAGAAUGUGCUCCUGGACAAUCAAGGUAAUGUCCGUAUCUCGGACCUCGGUCUGGCUGUGGAGCUGGCUGACGAGCAGUUCAAGAUAAAAGGUUAUGCUGGCAUUCCAAGUUUCAUGGCACCAGAGCUGCUCAAAGGAGAAGAAUAUGACUAAACGGUGGAUUACUUUGCUCUGGGCGUUACUCUAUUUGAAUUUUUGGCUGCUAAAGGGCCUUUUAGGAGCAGAGGAGAGAAGGUGGAAAACAAGGUGGUGAAGAUGCGUAUUUUGACUGAUCCCGUCGUCUACCCGGAGAGCUUCAGUGAGAAGGCCAGGUCCAUCUGCGAGGGUCUGCUCUUCAAAGAGGUGGACAAGAGGCUCGGCUUCAAGAACAGGUCAUGUGAUGAGAUCAGGACGCACCCUUUCUUUGGUGACAUUAACUGGAGAAAACUCAAUGCAGGAAUUCUUCUGCCGCCUUUUGUGCCAGACUCCAAGACGGUUUACGCCAAGAACAUUGAUGACAUUGGGGCCUUUUCUACAGUUAAAGGCGUCGACCUGGAAGACAAAGACACAGAUUUUUUUGACGAGUUUGCGUCUGGGAACAUGUCCAUCCCGUGGCAAGAGGAGAUGAUCAUGACGGGAAUUUAUAGGGAGCUGACUGUGUGGGGCCCCGCUGGUACCUUACCUAAUGACUUGCGACUUGCCUAUGUGCGGAGGAGGAAAACAGCUCUGUGGGUGACUGUGGCUCUACUGACUCUAUCUCUGGUGGUGUUGGCUGUGGGUUUGAUCUCUGCCACUCGCACUGACAACGUUCCCGUGGCUGGAUAUUACCCAGGAAUCACUUUGAGUUUUGGGGCAUUUCUGGGCAUCGUUGGUAUCCACCUGAUCGAAAACCGCAGGCCUAUGCUCAUGGCUGCCAUUAUCUUCAUCAGCAUUGGAGUUAUUGCGUCCUUCUUCUGUGCCAUCGUGGAUGGGAUCAUCGCGUCAGAAUUUAUUGACAUCAGACCUUUGCAAGAGGACAUGUGUGACUUUUACACCAGCGGCUCUGGCUAUGCUUAUGACAGCUACUAUACUGAGGUGACGUGUCAUUCAUUCAACAAAGCCUGCAAGCUGAAGCUGAGAAGCAACACCUGCUACUGCUGCUACCUUCAUAACUGUGAGAGCACAGAGUACCACCCUCAGUACUUUGAGUUCACUGGGGUCAACAGCUGUUGGGAUGUGAUCCACCUCCAUCGUCUGCUGUGGGCCUCAGUGGUCCUCAACGUGACCGGCCUCUUCCUGGGAAUCAUCGCUGCCGCCAUCCUCGGAGCCUACAAGGACAUGCAGAAGCCCACCGCACCAGUGGCUCCAAGCCCAGCGCCACCACCACACAUCCUGUACAACCCGACCCAGCACAUGCUCACCUACGCUGGCUUCUGCCCUCCAGGGCAGAAUCUCCCUGCCUACCCCAACUAUCCAGGACCAGCGCAGUCUAACAGCAGUUUCCAGGGACCUGCUACCCCGCAAAUGAUCCCUGAGGGAGGUCCUGUUGGCACGUCCUGUCCUUCUGAUGAAACCCAGAGUCAGCCACCCUCACAAAGUGCCACCCAGUUGCUACAGCAGGGAGGUACCCAGGAACCAGGAGGAUUCAUGCUUACGCCCAAUGCGCCGGUUCUCUUUGGAUCCUCACACAGCCCCUUUGAGAAACCUCCACCUUAUGCCUACUGAGCUCUCUGCCCCCACCAAAAACCGCAGUAUUUGUCUUGAAUUAGUCCACCUUAGAAAACGGUCGCUCGACGGCCGGGUGCAGACGCAGAAGUCAGUGAGCUCCUCUCUGCUGCUAGAAGGGUGCAAAAUGUCUGUUGAUAUAAGUAGUGAACAUAGUUCAUGUGCAUUGAAUAGGCCUCCAACAUUAGUAUACCAAAUGACUGACAUCUGCUUGUUAUAGCCAGUUUCUUAGCAGGUAUCCCUGUGUGCUAUUGCAAUACCAUGAAUGCACUACAAAUAAGGGCUUUCUUUCAACAGGAAUGUGAGGAUAAACCACACUGUGGCUGCUACAUUGCAUUUUAAUGAUUGUGUCAUUUAAAGUUUAUUAAGACAGAAAAGUGUUACCUGUAGCACUACUUGCAGUGUUAAUAUCAGUAGAUGUACUUUGUGUGAACAUUGAGUACGUAGCACAUAAUCGAGAGCAGUGUUAGAAAAAUACAACUUUACUCUU